AGAGUCCAUUCCGUUUCCGUUAAGAACAAGGUCAAAUCUUAGAUGCACAUCAAAGGCCUUCCUGUUGAAGAAAGCAAAGCAUCGGCUAACAGAAACAGGCUACAUCUGCGCGCUUGGUUGCGAGGGCGUCCAAAAAACCUGGAUGGCUAAACCGGCGCGAUCGCCGACGGCGGAGGCCCUGCCGGCCGCGGAGAAGUCCCGCUCCGCGGUCGGGUCGGGGCUCCGGUCCCUCGCCAGCGCCGCCUCUGGAUUUCUGGAUCGGUGGUCAGUCGUCGGGACGGGCGUCUCCAGGCUCGAGAAAACUCUCGGCGACCAGUUCCCCGAGGGUGAGCACUACUUCGGCCUGGAGAAUUUUGGCAAUACCUGCUACUGCAACAGCGUGCUGCAGGCACUUUAUUAUUGUAUUCCGUUUCGGGAGCAGUUGCUGGAAUAUUAUGCAAAUUACAGGAAUCCAGGAGAUGCUGAGGAAAAUUUGUUGACCUGCUUGGCAGAUCUUUUUGCGCAGAUAAGCCUAUCGAAGAAAAAGACUGGUGUUAUUUCUCCAAAACGUUUUGUCCAUAGAGUGAGGAAACAGAAUGAAUUGUUUCGUAGUAAUAUGCACCAGGAUGCCCAUGAAUUUUUGAAUUUUUUGUUGAAUGAGAUUGUCGAUAUUCUGGAAAAAGAGUUUAGUACCGUGAAGGAUUCUCCUGAAAGCACAUCCCCUGGAGGGGUGGCAAAUGGUGAAGUUUAUCAUUUAGCCAAUGAAGUUCGAAGGGAGCCGCUGGUUACAUGGGUCCACAAGAAUUUUCAGGGUAUUUUGACCAAUGAAACAAAGUGCCUGAUGUGUGAGACUGUCACCGCAAAGGAUGAGACAUUUUUAGAUUUGAGCAUAGACAUUGAACAGAAUAGUUCACUAACAAGCUGCCUGAAGAGUUUCUUUUCCACCGAGAUUUUAAAUGCCGAGGACAAGUUUUUCUGUGACAACUGCUGCAGUUUGCAAGAAGCACAGAAGAGAAUGAAGAUAAAAAAGGCGCCACAAAUAUUGGUGAUCCACUUAAAGCGCUUCAAGUUCAUUGAACAGCUGAGUCAGCACAAGAAACUGUCAUACCGAGUGGUAUACCCCAUGGAGCUGAAGCUGAGCAGUGCCUCUGAUGAUGUGGAUUGCGAAUACUCACUCUUUGCUGUGGUAGUCCACGUUGGGAACGCUGCCAACCACGGACAUUAUGUAAGCCAGAUUAAAAGCGGCGACCACUGGCUGUCAUUUGACGAUGACAGUGUUGACAAAAUUCAGGAGUCAACCCUGCAAACGUUCUAUGGUUCUUCUCGCGAAUAUUCUGGCAACAGCGAUCAUGGCUACAUCUUGUUCUAUGAGAGCGUUGCAAAGAGCUAGGAAUUUUCCAGGAUUAGUGCUAGCGCUGAAAAUAAUAAUUACAGUGUGCAGGAUGGGAACCUGAUACCUUUUGGUUUCAAAAUUUCCUCAGUUUAUUUACUGCACUGCAAUAGAAUAUAGAGUAAUUCGAUAAGUGAAAGUUCGACUAAAGUUUUUCUUGUAACAGAGACCAAACGGGUAUUCAGAUUCGGACAGAACUUGUAUGGCGAUUUGGCUCCUGAGCCCAGAUGCUCCGGCAAUCUGGACCGCCGUGCUUUGUCUAGGAUGCAAAAAAGGCCAUAUUCAAUGCUCACCUUAGAAAGCAGCCCUAAAUAGGUCAACGGCCCAAAAAACCGUUUCUUUUGGGGUGCAUUUUAUAUCUAAAAUCGUGGCUCCAAUAGUUCUCCCAUAUGCAAAUUUGCUCCAACAGUUGUCCCAUAUGCAAAUUUAUGUAGUCACAUUUUGAGGCAGCCUAGAAAACAGACCAUUGUGCUGCAAAAGUACAUCACGUACGGUUACAGCAAAAUCAAAACCGCAUUCACGUGUGUUCGGAACAUUGCGCGGCCGCGCACCCGCAGUCCUUUUCCUUCCUGCGCUGCCACCGAGUCCCUCGUUUUCCUUCGCCCCUCCGUCUGCCACUAUGGCCGCUCCCCUACGCAGCUGUGUGCCGCCACAUGCCCUCCAGUGACUCCGUUGCCACCAAAUCCGCCACCGCUGCACCUCCCUGUCGUCGGAUCCACCUUUCGCCGUCCCACGGCCUCGUGUGAAUCGAUCACUAGCGCCGCUGCCGACCACGGCGUUUGGCUGUGGCAGUCCGCCCGCUACGCCACCGAGCAUUGGCUUGGAACGUUUGACCCGACGAAGCUCGCCGCUCGCGAUUUUGCAUAAUGUGUUGGAGGCUAAGUCGAGCCUAAGAAGAAGGGAAUUCAUAUUGUCAUGGAGCAGCGCGACAUCUCGAAGAGCGAUGGGGGCGACUAUGGCAAGGUUCGUCGCGGAAAGUCCGCACCUCGUGCAAGCGGUGUACGAUUUCUGAGUGUAACGCAACAAGCCAGCGAAGAAGGACAAGGCGGGCCCUCCGUCAAGGGUGAUCAAGGGUUGAGUCGGACGACAAGGUUCAACCCAACGAGGAUGCCAACAUUGACCAGGACAAUCUUAAUGGCGAGUAGUUGUUCGUGGUUUAAGUUUGCAUGUUUGUAAUCCAAUUAUGUUAAGUUUGCAUUUUUAAAACUUUGAGUAUUUGAAUUUAAUUUGCAAUGAUCAAAUUAUA